GUUGUCAAAUCCAUUAAUAGGCGGAGUUUAAGAUAAGAAAGCCUUAGCUGCUGGCUUUUGGAGGAAGCAGGCUUUUCAGAGUCGAGAGGAACUGAGCUGGAGUGGACCGGGAUUUCGGCGCUAAGGGACAGACAAAAAUAGCAGAUGCAUUCCUUUUGUGUAUAGUCCCUCCAGCUGGAUGUGUGUGUGUGUGAGAGAGACUUCACUUGCUUCUGCUCCCUUUGCCCACCCUGAGUGUCAUUCCCAGCGGCAGAGAGGGGCACACUGAGAGCGGGACAGGAGACUGGAGGAGAAAACCCAUGCCUCGUGUGUGAGCGGACUCGACAGGCGGAGAGAGCCAAGGAUUCACUGAUGUGACCAGGUUAGAGGGGAAUGGCACACUCCAAGUUACGCCUAGCAGUGGUGGCUGUGUUAGGUCUUGCUACGCUCCAUAUUUUUCUGAGCUGGCAUUCCAAAGACCUGAUACAAGUUCUUGUGCAGAGAGUAUACGUCCACAAUAAUUGGCUGAAUGCUACAAACGUCUCCUAUCCCAGCUUGGCCACUAAUGAAAGUAAGAUCUCUCUGGUCAACAUUUCUUCCGGCUUCAAGAAAUUUAUCCCCGAGAAGAACAACUUCUGGAACCACAGGCAGCACCAGAUGUUCCAGCUGCUCGAUCGCCUGAUUCUCAACGGUACCUCCUCCUACAGCCCCUCGUCCAACUGCAUCGAAGCCGGAAUGGGGCCUGAGGUGCUUGAGGCCUACUCCUUCUCUGAGUCCCACGGGGACUUCCUGCGCUACAUGAACUGCAAGGACUACCCCCAACGGAUCGACCAGCCAGACAAGUGCGACAGUGACACCUUCUUGCUUCUCGUGAUCAAGUCGGUAGCCGCUAACUUUGAGAGGAGGCAGGCCAUCCGCGAGACCUGGGGUAAAGAGAGCACCGUGGAGGGAAUGCAGGUCCGCACUGUCUUCCUCCUGGGCUCGGCCUCCAACGUGGGCGAUGGCCCCGACCUCUGGAGGCUGCUGGAAUUUGAGAACAGGCUGUACAGGGAUAUCCUCCAGUGGGAAUUCAAAGACACUCUGUUUAACCUCACCCUGAAGGACUAUCUGUUCCUCAAGUGGGCCACAGUCCACUGCCCCCAUGUCCGGUACGUCUUCAAGGGGGAUGAUGACGUGUUCGUUAACACGCCCGUGAUGGUGACAUACUUGAAAUCACUGAGCGAUGACAUAAGCAGCCAACUUUAUGUUGGACAGACCAUCUUGAAUGCCACGCCACUCCGAGACAAGAAAAGCAAGUACAGCAUUCCCAAAUCCUUCUACGAUGGGGCCUACCCAGCUUAUGCUGGGGGUGGGGGUUUCCUGUACUCGGGGAGCCUGGUCAGAUCUCUCUACAAAGUCUCUCACUACAUCCCAUUCUUCCCAAUUGAUGAUGUUUUCACUGGGAUGUGCUUCAUGGCACUCAAGAUUAGCUUACUGCAUCACUCUGGCUUCCAGACAUUCGACAUUGAGCCCAAGCACCGAGAUAAUCCCUGCGCCCACAUCAACCUGAUCCUCGUACAUCAGCGCAGCCCCAGGCAAACGGCUCUACUCUGGAGAGCUCUGCGCAGCCCAGACCUCAAGUGCUAGUGUCUGCCCCUCCCAUGCUUCCUGCCAAGGGGAUGAUCCUUUCCCCAAAGCAUCAGGCAUGAAGUGGUUUUCUGAAAAAUUCUCAUUGACUCCCACUUCAUUUUCCUCCCUGUGGAGCUGAAGAUUCCUGAAAAUGGGAGGAAUUUCCCAUUCUCUGAAAGCUGAAGGUGGAAAAGAAAAAGCUGCAAGAGGUGUAGCUAUCAAUACGGCUGCUUUAGUAUCAAUCAGAUACUCUUGAGGUCUUCUGGUUCUGGUGAAAGGUCAGCCUACACAUAUGUUAACGUUUACAAGUGCUGCUUGCUCUGCAGAGAGAUGGCAGCAUUUUCUGCUGUCAAUUAGAGUAUAAUUGGGAGGCAAAUGGUAUACAAAUGUAUACUUUGUGUGAUAUAAAUGGCAGUUCUGGAUUGCCUUAUUGCACUGUGGUAGUAUCCGUUCCUCUGAACCAAAAAACCUGGACUCUAAUCCUACCUGCUGCAGAGCUGUGUAGUAACACCUCUAACAGGUUCCUGAGAAUACACCUUAGAAGAACACACAGUUAUUGUAUAGGGGCUCUUGUGGUGCAGUGAUAGUGUCCCUACUCUGAGCCA